UGACUACGACGUGUCACACACACGCGCACACACAUCCACACAAGUGUGUUUAUUUUUAUGAAUAAUUGUUUUUAUUUUACGUGCUAGAAUUCAUCACAAUGGUCGACGAUAGCACCAGGAAAACACUAAGCAGCAUUCCAUUGCUGCAGAUAAGAGCUGGUCCACGUGAAAAAGAUAUUUGGGUGCAACGCCUAAAGGAGGAAUAUCAAGCACUGAUAAAGUAUGUGGAGAACAACAAGCAGUCUGGCAGCGAUUGGUUUCGCCUGGAGUCGAACAAGGAGGGCACCAAAUGGUUCGGCAAGUGUUGGUACAUGCACAAUCUGCUCAAAUACGAAUUCGAUAUCGAAUUUGACAUUCCCGUUACGUACCCGACAACGGCACCGGAAAUAGCAUUGCCGGAACUGGACGGCAAGACGGCUAAAAUGUAUCGAGGCGGUAAAAUCUGCUUAACGGAUCACUUCAAGCCCCUGUGGGCUCGCAAUGUGCCCAAAUUUGGCAUUGCCCAUGCGAUGGCAUUGGGCCUGGCGCCCUGGCUGGCUGUGGAAGUGCCGGACCUCAUCGAAAAGGGCAUCAUCACAUACAAGGACAACUGCUGAGGAUACGCCUAUUGCACGCUCCAACUCUGACUUUAAGAACAAAACUCCCCAUAGACAAUUUAGACACGUUUUGAUUUUCCGUAUAUAAAAAAAGCAUUUUUUAUCUUAU